AAUCGACCGGACGUAAAAUGUGUGUGGUAUGUCUGCGGAACUUUAUAUCCCAUGAUUCCUGUUUCCGUCUUCCUCUUUCCCUUUUGCAGCAAUGUCUAAGAGAGGACGUGGUGGGUCAUCUGGGGCGAAGUUUCGCAUCUCGCUGGGUCUCCCAGUGGGUGCUGUCAUCAACUGCGCUGACAACACAGGUGCCAAGAACCUGUACAUCAUCUCUGUCAAGGGCAUCAAGGGACGUCUGAACCGUCUGCCUGCUGCUGGUGUGGGUGACAUGGUCAUGGCCACUGUCAAGAAAGGCAAACCAGAACUCAGAAAAAAGGUGCAUCCUGCGGUUGUGAUACGGCAGCGGAAGUCGUAUCGGCGAAAGGAUGGCGUGUUUCUCUACUUUGAAGACAAUGCAGGGGUCAUAGUGAAUGUCAAAGGAGAAAUGAAAGGUUCGGCCAUCACAGGACCGGUGGCCAAGGAAUGUGCAGACCUGUGGCCCAGGAUUGCUUCAAAUGCUGGCAGCAUAGCAUGAUCCUUGACCCUGGCUUGUUGUUUUCAAUAAAAACCGUUGUAAAGUCA